AUGGCAGAGCGUUCUAGACUCAAUCAUAAGCGCAUGCAUCGAGAAAAAGUGGCAGAAAAAUCGACAGCCGCGGACGGACCGCCAGAUAUCCAAAAGUACUCUCAAUUCGGCUCACGAAGCUUCGACCACGGUCAAGAAACUAGAACUACGCCGAUGCUUCCCACAAGUAAUGCGACUCCUCGUCAACGCGUGGCGGAUAGCUCCUCCAUGGACUUCGCCAGGAUUGUCAUUGGUGGAGCGAAUUCUUUCGAUGCAGGUGAAGACCUAGCCAUGCCUGAUGAUGUAACACAUCAAGGAGCAUCAUCCCCAGAAUUCGGCUUACUCACAAUGGCCCUAUAUCCAAGAAUUGUGUUUGAUGUUGCCAUAGACGCAUACUUUGAGCGAUGUGAUUGGUUUGUUAUGCUUAUGCAUCGGCCAUCUUUCACUUAUAAUACCGCUCUCAUCCUUGAUAGAUCAGCAUGGCAGCAGCGAGAAGUAUGUGAUGUGGUCCUUGUUUUGACCGUCACUCUCCUUGGUAUAAAUUGCGCACAGCACGAUUCUUCGUGGCCUGGACAUGGUAUACUUGCCUCACACUCCUUGAACGCCAACUCUGUGGUGCAAAGUCUGCUUCGAGAAAUCGGUAUACAUUUUUACGAGGUUCUUUCAAAGCCUCAGAUUCAAUCAUUUCAGAUAUUGAUGCUUCUAACUAUCUUUCACACCUACUUUGGAUCAUUUCAAUUCGCUUGGAAUAUAUCCGGUGUACCGGCUCGUGUUGCCUCUGGUUUGGGUCUACAUCGAGAGAAGAUGGAGGGAAUGGAUGAGAUGACUCGACAAGUUGGUGUUCGAUGUUGGAAUCAUGCACUUGUCGGUGAGUUAUUUGCGUCCAUGAUCUAUGGCCGUUCUUCGACUCUGAACCCCAAACACACCCACUUUCGAAAAGUGGAACGACUUCAGGACGAGCCAAGCCUUCAAUCCACAGAUUCUACUUUCUCGAUCCUUGACGAAGGUAAAGAUAUAUCAAUUGUCACAUUUCACGAACUCAAAUUCAAGCUGUAUUCGGUUGUAUGGGAAAUCUCACAGAUGUUCGAUUCUCUGCAUCUUGGUCAAUCUAUUUCCGUUAAAGACCUCAGAGCUUUGAUCUUCGCAGUGAAAAAUGCCGAUGAGAAUCUACAAAAAUAUCGCGAUAACCUUCCUGAGGUAUUCAAGCCAUACCACUAUGGUCCUCAAACGCAAAUUGAACCAUUCCGAGUGAAUUGGCCCUCUGCUACAGUCAAAGGACCCGAUGCACGGACAAUGAUAGCUCUUCAGAGUACAGUACUCCAAGUUCUUCACGACUCGGCCAUCAUAUUCGUGCAUCGACCAUUACUGGAGUGUCGGAUCGCAUCGCCUGGGCCUAAUCAUGUACUGCUCCCUGAUGAUGUUCCAGAUUCGCUAAGAAUUUGCGUGGAGGCGGCUUUGCGUAUCUCCCAGACGGAUAUCAGGAAUUUCAACCACCAUCUUGCCCUAUCAUUCCUCCUUCUACAACAGUUCGCAGCGGGCGUUAUCCUUUGCGUCCCUGCCUUAUGCUUGCCAUAUAGUGAGAUCUCGAAUGAUGCUAAGGCAGGAGUUCUCCGUAUUAUAUCUGCCAGCCGAACGUUUAAAUCCAUAAACACUGUUGCUCGGCAUGCCGAUUAUCUGCUCACAAAUCUCUACGAAAGAACGAUGCGCCGAGAGAUGGAUAUAGCAUUGAAAUCAAAGGAGCAACCGGAAAGGGGACCGUUACCGAGGAAUGACAGCGCUGAUGAUGGAAUUCAAAUUCAAGCAAGUUAUAGGCGUAGCCACUACUGCGAUUCGACCUCGAUGCAGGUGUCACAAGACUCGGGGAUUAUAGAAUCUCCCAACCAUCUGAUAAUUAGUGAGUCUGGAAUAACUACUCACGUUGGCUCGACCGCAGAAGUGUUCCACCAAGAUUUCAAUUCUCCAGAUGAUAUAACGAUGUCUUUUCUCCAGUUGGGGACCAAUCGUUCAGAUCAUGCAAUUGACACCUCUCUCAACGAGGACUUGGAGGAUGCAUUCGGUGCAUUCCAACAGAGUAAGUGCUCGGAGACCAUCAGAAGAAACUACUUAGAUUUUGUGUACUAG